AUGGCUACUACAAGACAACAAAAGAAUUGGUGUACAACAUGUGGUGAUAUGGUUGGGGUCUUCCUCUGUCCAGGAUGUCAGCAGAAGUUUUGUUUAAAUCAUACACGUGACCAUCGAGAUCAUCUUCAACAAGGUAUGAAUGAUAUCAACGAUAAUUUGGACCGAUUAAAAUAUGAUAUUCAAGGACAAAACGUACCAGGGUAUCGCAAUUCUUUGUUAGAUCAGAUUGGCAACUGGGAAAAACGAUCUACAGAGAAAAUUCGUCGAUUAGCUGAAGAUAUUCGACAACAAAUAUCAGCUCUUCCUGUAGAUAAUGCAAGUGAUCUCAAAGAAAAAAUAGAACAAUUACAAGAACAAUUACGUAAAGCUAGUGAAGAUGGAGGUUUUUAUGAAGAUGAUUUAAAAGAAUGGUCACGAAGACUUCAUGAAUUGCAAAAUUUGGCUUCUCAGCCGGAAAAAUUGAAAAUUGAAGAAGAUGCCGAUUCAAGGCCAUUUAUUCCAACAAUUUCGAUAAAGCCUAUAUCGACCGAUUCAGCCCCAGGGAUUACUUCGCCGAAUAAGCCAAUCCUAGCAAAUAAUAAUAUCCGUGACAAUAAUGCGACGACCGUGCCACCGUCAGAGUAUCCUAAGUCAAGCAAUAAACCCCCAUAUUAUAGUUCGCCAGGAGAUCAUCAGUAUGAUACUUCAAAGAAACCUAAUGACGAUCCCGAAGACCACAAUCAAGAUAGUUAUUCAUCAGGACGGCAUACACUUCGAUUUAGAAUUGAUCAAUAUGGACCAACUAGUUCAGUUGUCUUUGGUGUUGUAUCGAAACGUAAACCGAUUGAUGCAUUCGUACGUGAAAAUCCAACAUUUUAUGGAUGGUCAGAAAAAAAUGCAGUUUAUCUAGGCGGUGAUAUAAAAACCAAUUAUCAUGGAUAUAAAAGCGACUUCCAACCAGGUGAUAUAUAUAGCCUCCUAAUUGAUUGCGAACAAAAACAACUUCGACUAAAAAACGAACGAACAGAUACUUCAUAUGAAUUAGACGUUGAUACGACGAAGUGUUCAUUUCCAUGGCAACCCAAUGUUCGUAUUAUCAUGAAAAAUGACUGA